UAUUGGUACAGAGAGACCCCAGGGACAUUACAAGGGGAAAUAUUCCAAAUAUGGGGCUCUCCCUGGGAACUCCACUGCCAUUAGAUACAAUAGUAACAAUGAUCUGCUCCUAUAGAUACAGUACAAGCAGCUGCUCCUGUCUCCCACUUAUGGGAUCUGUUACUUUGUAUUCACAGCAGGAAGGAAAUCAUUGUCCUGUGAAAUGAGGGCACGCUGUACUGCAGAGCUUACACUCUAUUUGCUCUUACAUCCCUACUGCGUGAUAGCCUCCUGCUUUACUGCCCUCCUUUACUAUCCAUAUGUGUUAUCACCCUCCUGCUUUACUGCCAGAGCUAAGCAAAGUGCUGUCACUUUAAAGAGAACUUGUGGAAUCAGAUUGCAGUUGAAGUCAGCCUUUCCACCUGUCAGCAGCCAAUCGGUGCAUAUUUUUGAACAGAGUGGGUGUGGCUAGUUUCUCUGACCCCUCCCUGCUAUUAAAGGCCCAGUCCCCCCUCCCCUUUGCUCAGAGGUGUGGGUGCAGCUGGGCAGGAGACACAAGGAAGGAUGAACAGUCUUUGUACCCUCAAACACAUUGGUCUGGAUCCUGAGACGGAUCAUACGAGGAGGCUACGUCUAACCCUACGGGAGGAUGAGUCUUUAGAGAGAAAUGACCCCAACAAGGUCAAGCCUGUGGGACGUGCCUUUGCCCUCAUCUCCUCCCGGCCACAACGGGGGUCUUCACCCCUGAACUCAGAGCUCAUCAAAUCCAAAGAUGGAGAUGAAGAGAUCAUUAAGGUUUAUCUGAAAGCCAAAGCGGAGCAAAAAGCCAACCAUGAGUGGAACGUCAACCAUCUGAAGAAUGAAGUCAAACAGAUCCAGGAGGCUAGAACAUCACUUCAGUUUCUCAGGGAAGAUAUCACUUCUGGUUCCCAGAACCAUGGAGAGCGGGAGCCACAGCCUGAAAAGGUGCACAAUGAGAGACAGAACGGACUCAGACAUUAUGGAGAUCCCUGGCGAGGGGCACAGGCUGCAGAGCAGGAAGAGGAAUUCCCGCUGGACAAUGGCAAGGACAUGCGACAGACGGCUCAGAGGCUAUUUGCUAAGCUACAGGAGGCAGAGAAGAGGCAGCAGGCCGACCGCAGGAUGUUCGAGGAGAAACUGAGCCAGUGCCAGGCUGAGGUGGAACAGAGCCGGCGAGGGAGGUUGGAGGCUGAGGAGAAUGCGUCAGAGCGAAAGAAAGAAGUGGAGGAACUGAGAAGGCUGAUGUACGGAAUGGAGAAGGAACACAAUCAGCUACUGCAGAAGAUGACGGAAAAUGAGGAGGAACUAGAAAAGAUGAAGAGACAAGGAAAGCAAGAUGAAACGUUACAGGAGAGAUGUGAGGACCUUGAAAAGACAGUGACUAAUCUAAAGGAAAAGAUUCAUCACUUGGACGACAUGUUAAAAAGUCAGCAAAGGAAAGUGCGACAAAUGAUUGAGCAGCUGCAAAAUUCCAGGACAGCAAUGCAGGAGAAAGACUCUGCGAUUCAGGAGCUACGAGAAAAGGUUUCCUGGUUACAGGCUGAGAAUCUUGAAUUGCAAGAUAAACUGGACCACUGCAUGUCCAACAACCCAGGACACAUAUCUUAUCUGUCAAGAGGCUAUUCCACCAAACCUACUCCAAAUUUUAAAAGAGUGUACCUUCCCCCUGGAUCUGGACGGCCCUUUCCUCUCAUUAAAUUGGUGGAAACAUGAACCGUGAAUGUAACCAAGUGAUUUGCACCUGGAAACCAACCAGUGCCGCCAUUACUAUCUAGGGUGGGUGCUCCAUUGGACUCUGUAGAUGAUCAACAGCUGCAGCUGGGUUCAUACUUCUUGUUUAACCAUUACCUUUGGAAUGACAUCACCUGAAGUCUGCACUUGGCAGCUGUGCUCCGCAAACUUCCAGCCUUUAGAUCCUGGAGCAAACAGGAGCAAUCAAUGACUCUUCGGUUUCACACCAAGAGAAAAGCACUUUGGGUACUAAAUGAUCUGUAGGACCCAUAUUUAUUUAUUUUUUUCUUAACACUUGGAUCUUCCUAAUAUGCGUAGCUUAGAUUGUGGAGGUAGAACUGGAUUCUAGACAGUCAUAUAAGUCAUGUAACCUAGAACAUAUAGAUAUAGAACUGGAGGUUAGGAUGUUGUGGAACUUUAUAGAGUAGAGCUAGAGCAGUGCCUUUGUAUUGUUUACUUAAUCUAACAAACCUCUUCAAGGCUGCAAAGUCCAUAAUAGACCUCUGCAAAAAUGAUAGCGCAAGUGCCUUGCAGGUUGGCCUCUCCUGUGUUUGUAUGACCAAAGAUCUGGGACCUCUCUCAGAAGCACUGAAAACUUCUACAAAUGAUCUUUCCUGAUCAUGAGCAAGUUUGUCUUUGUUCCUCCUCUGACGCUAAUAAUAACUCUAUAAUAUCCUG